AUAAUAUAAUAAAUGGCGAUAAUAAUUAAUCUAUGUGUUUGCCGCAGGUGUUGUUGUUGGUGGUGGUGGCAGCGCUGACCUUGGGGGCAGCAGUGCCACCUCUUUCCAAGGGCAGUCUCUCCAUCAAGGACAAGCUGGCCCUCGACCUCCCCAUCAAACAAGUCCACGACAAGACCCAAGGCAAGACUGAGGUGGCCAAGGUGGGUUUCCCGUCAACCACCACGACCACAACCACCACUCAGCAGCCUCACAGGAACCACCCCGCACGACCUACGUACGUCGACGCCACGGUCUUCAGGCAUCAGUUCACGACCCAGGUGCCAUCAUCCACCACCACGACCACCACAACUACGACCGAAGCUUCGGACCACGACUAUGAGGGAUACUUCAGGCUCUGGGACGACCUUAGCUCCUUCGCUGGGGAACUGGGGCCCCUCGGAAGGGAUCUCCGAGGAGAUGAAUACAUUGGAGGGUUCAGGCCCCUCGGGUUCUGAAGUGAUUCAAACACCUCCCCAUCCCCCUCGUGUCUGGUAGUUUGAACACUGGGUGUUCUAAAUUGCUGGUAGUUUGAACACUUUGGGUGUUCUGAAUUGCUUUAAACACCCUGAUUUUUAUGGGGUGAUUUUGAACACCUUGAGGUUCUAAAUUAUUUCGCAGGCCUCCAAGGGAAUGUAAACACCGGAUAGCACCAUGUUCUGAGCGCAUCCGUUUCCGGUCCUUGUGAACACCCGAAGGCUUCAAAGCUUCCGUGGACGCGCCUGGCUGCUCUGUUAACUUGAAAACCCACACUGUUAUUAAUAACUUGGAACUCUUGUACGUACUAAAUGUUACAAUCAACCCAAGUGUUCGAACGGGCCUCCCAUGAAGCGGAGGGAGGGGGGUCGUAGGCCUUGUAAACAGGGCAUUUUCAAUGCUUUUCAGCAAAAUGAGAGAGCUCUGUUUUUUUGAGCUCGUAAAUUUUUUCUAAGUUUUUGGAUUUUUUUUUUAUUUCGAGGGCUCUAAAU